AUGGUCGUGGUUGGAAAGUCUCUUGCUAAGUAUGCCUUUUUGUCCAAGUUUCCUCUAGGUGGCGUCCCAAGGAUCAAGAAGGAAAGGUAUGUUAAGAUAAGAUUGUGUAUAUGUUUGUAUGCCUUUUUGUCCAAGUUUCCUCUAGGUGGCGUCCCAAGGAUCAAGAAGGAAAGGUAUGUUAAGAUAAGAUUGUGUAUAUGUUUGUAUGCCUUUUUGUCCAAGUUUCCUCUAGGUGGCGUCCCAAGGAUCAAGAAGGAAAGGUAUGUUAAGAUAAGAUUGUGUAUAUGUUUGUAUGCCUUUUUGUCCAAGUUUCCUCUAGGUGGCGUCCCAAGGAUCAAGAAGGAAAGGUAUGUUAAGAUAAGAUUGUGUAUAUGUUUGUAUGCCUUUUUAUCCAAGUUUCCUCUAGGUGGCGUCCCAAGGAUCAAGAAGGAAAGGUAUGUUAAGAUAAGAUUGUGUAUAUGUUUGUAUGCCUUUUUGUCCAAGUUUCCUCUAGGUGGCGUCCCAAGGAUCAAGAAGGAAAGGUAUGUUAAGAUAAGAUUGUGUAUAUGUUUGUAUGCCUUUUUGUCCAAGUUUCCUCUAGGUGGCGUCCCAAGGAUCAAGAAAGAAAGGUAUGUUAAGAUAAGAUUGUGUAUAUGUUUGUAUGCCUUUUUGUCCAAGUUUCCUCUAGGUGGCGUCCCAAGGAUCAAGAAGGAAAGGUAUGUUAAGUUAAGAUUGUGUAUAUGUUUGUAUGCCUUUUUGUCCAAGUUUCCUCUAGGUGGCGUCCCAAGGAUCAAGAAGGAAAGGUAUGUUAAGAUAAGAUUGUGUAUAUGUUUGUAUGCCUUUUUGUCCAAGUUUCCUCUAGGUGGCGUCCCAAGGAUCAAGAAGGAAAGGUAUGUUAAGAUAAGAUUGUGUAUAUGUUUGUAUGCCUUUUUGUCCAAGUUUCCUCUAGGUGGCGUCCCAAGGAUCAAGAAGGAAAGGUAUGUUAACAUAAGAUUGUGUAUAUGUUUGUAUGCCUUUUUGUCCAAGUUUCCUCUAGGUGGCAUCCCAAGGAUCAAGAAGGAAAGGUAUGUUAAGAUAAGAUUGUGUAUAUAUUUGUAUGCCUUUUUGUCCAAGUUUCCUCUAGGUGGCAUCCCAAGGAUCAAGAAGGAAAGGUAUGUUAAGAUAAGAUUGUCUGCAUGUUUGUCUUGUAUUAAGAUGAUUUAAGUUUGUAUUACAGAUGGAGGAGCCCAGAUGAAAGUUCAGUACUAGACCUGAAGGAAAAUUGUUUCAUUUUAUUUGCCAGAUAUGAUGAUGCAAAAAGAGCAGAGACACAGAAAAUUGCGCCAUUGAUAAAGAUCUGGAAAGAAGCUUAAAGGAAGGACCAAGUGUCAGUCAAGAUGACAGAUGAGUGACAACUCUAUGAAGGAUGAAUUAGAUCUUCAACCAAGUCCAAGGCUUUGCCAUGUAAGCAGCAAGCAGCAAGGAUAGCAGCUGGAUUGAAGAUUAAUUAUUACAUUGAUCUUCAACUAAGUCUGAGGCUUUGUCAUGAAAGAA